CGCACGAACACUACAUCCGGGUGUUGUAAGGCACACACAUUGUGAAAUUUAGCGAAAUUUAGACAGAUACAUUUAGUAAAGCAGCAAACGUUAUGGAGCCCGAUUUAAUCCAGGAUUCAUUGAAAAAGGAAAACUUUGAAGAUUCUGAUUUUGGACCAAAUUUUAAAAGAUUAGAAGUUAAUGACAACGUCAGAGAACUUCAGACAGUUCUCAGAGAUAAGACAACUAACAGAAGUGACUUUGUCUUCUAUGCUGACAGACUGAUUCGACUGAUUGUAGAAGAAGGGUUGAACCAGCUACCAUACAGAGAAUGUGAAAUUACUACACCAACAGGUAACAGGUACGAUGGACUGGUGUAUGAGAAGGGCAACUGUUGUGUAAGCAUUAUGAGAAGUGGAGAAGCAAUGGAACAGGGUUUAAGAGAUUGUUGUCGGUCAAUCAGAAUAGGGAAGAUACUGAUACACAGUGACGAGGACACACACGAUGCCAAAGUUGUCUACUCCAAGCUACCUCCAGAUAUAGCUAACAGAAAAGUUCUUCUCAUGUAUCCUAUAAUGAGUACUGGUAACACUGUGAUCAAAGCUCUCAAUGUUUUGAAGCAAAGCAAGGUCCAAGAAAAGAACAUAAUUCUACUGAAUCUCUUCAUUACUCCACAAGCUGCAAAAGCAAUCAUUUCUAAGUUCCCGGAUUUGACAAUUUUGACAUCAGAGGUUCACCCAGUGGCGCCAAACCACUUUGGACAGAAGUAUUUUGGCACAUCAUAGCAGACUUAGUGGUAGACAAGAGAUAUUGAUACAUUAAGUCAGGAGUUGUUUUCUUGAUUUUUUGUAUAGCCACAUAUCACAAAUAGUGUUAUAUAGGGUAGUAAAUGAUGCUGAACUUAAUAUUUCCCAUAUCUUCAGUUCAUCACGGACAAAAUGGAAAAAUGAAAUAUACAGUCAUGUAUAUGAGAAUUUGUUUAUCAUAAAAAGCUACCCUUUAAACUAAAUGUUACAAGAUCAUUUAUAUAGAUAAAGCAUUGCAAUUUGUGAUAAUUAAAUUUAAUGGUUACUCCUUUUAGAUUAGCACAGGUUCCUGCAUAUGUAAGCGUUGCAUUAUAAAUCAAAGUUACACAGGUCUGAGUUUUGAUUGAGGCAGAUUUUCACUGUUAAUACUAAAAGUAUCAUGUUUGAAAUUUUAUGUGUCUUCAAUACUGCUAAGAAUUGUGCCAGUGAAAUAAAAACUUGAUUGUCUCAAGUAAGCUGUUAAAUUUUAAGCCUUAUCUAAAGUUCUUAUAAACUGAAGUUAUCAUAUAACAGUGUGAACUAAGGUUGCACAAAUAUCGUAUUAAUUGUUGAUCUCCUAUACAUAUUUUUGAUGAUCUUUCUUUCUCCACAAAUGCAGUAUGAUUGAAGACAUUUAGCAUAUUGUUUUACUGCAUUGUUUAAGAAUUACUUCACUUUUACAUGACAGUAUGAACGUUAGAUUUUAUAUCUGUAUUAUAUAGUUUGAAAGUGUAUGAUUGUUUAGUACAAUAGGAAGUUGUUUAUGAAACAGCAUCAGAGGGACUGGUAAUUUUAUUGUAUGUAGCAUUUUAUGUGUAUACUAUUUCUGAGGUCAGUGGUAUUGAGUGUGUUCCAAAUAAAAGCAUUAUUUGAGAUGAAAAUAUUCAACAGAACAUAAUGUACAUUUAGUUUUUAGCUCAUCUGAUUUUUUGAAAAAAAAUGAUGAGUUAUUGUCAUCACUUGAGCGGUUGUCGGCGUCCGCGUCCGCGUCGGCGUCGGCGUCUGCGUCGGCGUUGCCUGGUUAAGUUUUAUGUUUAGGUCAGCUUUUCUCCUAAACUAUCAAAGCUAUUGCUUUGAAACUUGGAAUACUUGUUCACCAUCAUAAGCUGACCCUGUAUAGCAAGAAACAUAACUCCAUCUUGCUUUUUGCAAGAUUUAUGGCCCCUUUUGUACUUAGAAAAUAUCAGAUUUCUUGGUUAAGUUUUAUGUUUAGGUCAACUUUUCUCCUAAACUAUCAAAGCUAUUGCUUUGAAACUUGGAAUACUUGUUCACCAUCAUAAGCAGACCCUGUACAUCAAGAAACAUAACUCCAUCUUGCUUUUUGCAAGAUUUAUUGCCCCUUUUGGACUUAGAAAAUCAGUUUUCUUGGUUAAGUUUUAUGUUUAGGUCAGCUUUUAUCCUAAACUAUCAAAGCUAUUGCUUUAAAACUUGCAACACUUGUUCACCAUCAUAAGUUGACCCUGUAUAGCAAGAAACAUAACUCUGUCCUGCUUUUUGCAAGAUUUAUGGCCCCUUUUGGACUUAGAAAAUAUCAGAUUUCUUGGUUAAGUUUUAUGUUUAGGUCAACUUUUCUCUUAAACUAUCAAAGCUAUUGCUUUGAAACUUGCAACACUUGUUCACCAUCAUAAGCUGACCCUGUACAGCAAGCAACAUAACUCCAUCCUGCUUUUUGCAAUAAUUAUUGCCCCUUUUGGGCUUAGAAAAUCAUUUUCUUGGUUGAGUAUUAUGUUUAAGUCAACUUUUCUCAUAAACUAUCAAAGCUAUUGCUUUAAAACUUGCAACAGUUUUUCACCAUCAUAAGUGGACACUGUACAUCAAGAAACAUAACUCUAUCCUGCUUUUUGCAAGAAUGAUGGCCCUUUUUAGACUUAGAAAAUCAUGGGUAGGACAAUAUUUCUAUUACACAAAAAAAAUCAGAUGAGCGUCAGCACCCGCAAGGCGGUGCUCUUGUUUUUAGCUCACCUGUCACAAAGUGACAAGGUGAGCUUUUGUGAUCGCGCGGUGUCCGUCGUCAGUGAGUGCGUGCAUGCGUCCGUAAACUUUUGCUUGUGACCACUCUAGAGGUCACAUUUUUCAUGGGAUCUUUAUGAAAGUUGGUCAGAAUGUUCAUCUUGAUGAUAUCUAGGUCAAGUUCGAAACUGGGUCACGUGCCUUCAAAAACUAGGUCAGUAGGUCAAAUAAUAGAAAAAUCUUGUGACCUCUCAAGAGGUCAUAUAUUUCACAAGAUCUUCAUGAAAAUUGGUCAGUAUGUUCACCUUGAUGAUAUCUAGGUCAAGUUCGAAACUGGGUCACGUGCCAUCAAAAACUAGGUCAGUAGGUCUAAAAAUAGAAAACCCUUGUGACCUCUCUAGAGGCCAUAUAUUUCACAAGAUCUUCAUGAAAAUUGGUCAGAGCGUUCACCUUGAUGAUAUCUAGGUCAGGUUCGAAACUGGGUCACGUGCCUUCAAAAACUAGGUCAAUAGGUCAAAUAAUAGAAAAACCUUGUGACCUCUCUAAAGGCCAUAUUUUUCAUGGGAUCUGUAUGAAAGUUAGUCUGAAUGUUCAUCUUGAUGAUAUCUAGGUCAAGUUCGAAACUGGGUCACGUGCGAUCAAAAACUAGGUCAGUAGGUCUUAAAAUAGAAAAACCUUUUGACCUCUCUAAAGGCCAUAUAUAUCAUGAGAUCUUCAUGAAAAUUGGUCAGAACGUUCACCUUGAUGAUAUCUAGGUCAAGUUCGAAACUGGGUCACGUGCCUUCAAAAACUAGGUCAGUAGGUCAAAUAAUAGAAAAACCUUGUGACCUCUGUAGAGGCCAUAUUUUUCAUGGGAUCUGUAUGAAAGUUGGUCUGAAUGUUCAUCUUGAUGAUAUCUAUGUCAAGUUCGAAACUGGGUCACGUGCCAUCAAAAACUAGGUCAGUAGGUCAAAUAAUAGAAAAACCUUGUGACCUCUCUAGAGGCCAUAUUUUUCAUGGGAUCUGUAUGAAAAUUGGUCUGAAUGUUCGUCUUGAUGAUAUCUAGGUCAAGUUCGAAACAGGGUCAUGUGCGGUCAAAAACUAGGUCAGUAGGUCUAAAAAUAGAAAAACAUUGUGACCUCUCUAGAGGCCAUACUUAUGAAUGGAUCUCCAUAAAAAUUGGUCAGAAUGUUCACCUUGAUGAUAUCUAGGUCAAGUUUGAAACUGGGUCAUGUGCCUUAAAAAACUAGGUCAGUAGGUCAAAUAAUAAAAAAAACCUUGUGACCUCUCUAGAGGCCAUACUUUUCAUGGGAUCUGUAUGGAAGUUGGUCUGAAUGUUCAUCUUGAUGAUAUCUAGGUCAGGUUUGAAACUGGGUCAACUGUGGUCAAAAACUAGGUCAGUAGGUCUAGAAUUAUUAAAAUCUUUUGACCUCUCUAGAGGCCAUAUUUUCAAUGGAUUUUCAUGAAAAUUGAUCUGAAUGUUCACCUUGAUGAUAUCUAGAUCAGUUUUGAAACUGGGUCACGUGUGGUCAAAAAUUAGGCCAGUAGGUAUAAAAAUAGAAAAACCUUGUGACCUCUCUAGAGGCCAUAUUUUUCAUGAGAUCUUCAUGAGAAUUAGUGAGAAUGUUCACCUUGAUGAUAUCUAGGUAAAGUUCAAAACAGGGUCACGUACCUUCGAAAACUAGGUCAAUAGGUCAAAUAAUAGAAAAACCUUGUGACCUCUCUAGAGACCAUAUUUUUCAAUGGAUCUUCAUGAAAAUUGGUCAGAAUUUUAUCUUGAUAAUAUCUAGGUCAAGUUCAAAACUGGGUCACAUGAGCUCAAAAACUAGGUCACUAUGUCAAAUAAUAGAAAAAACGACGUCAUACUCAAAACUGGGUCAUGUGGGAGGAGGUGAGCGAUUCAGGACCAUCAUGGUCCUCUUGUUUACUGAUUUUGAAAUAUGGUACUGUAGUUUCUAUGUGUAAAUUACUUAUUGUAGGACUCUUAAAUUCUGCUUAUCUCAUUGGUGGGUAACUGGUCACAUGUAGGUCCAUAGAAAGUGAUAUUCACUGCAAAGAGUGGUAUUAUGAUAAUAUUAAAACAGACCAACAUGCUAUACUAAGUAUUGAUUAAUUUCAUUUGAAAAUCACAUUUGCAAAUUAUGGUGUGUUUGGGGAUAAAAGAGAUUUCUUAAUUGGGUGAUCCAAUUUUUUGGUAGUUAUAUUUUGAUUCAUAGUACAUUACAAGUGUUUUAAUAGAAUAGGGUUGGCUGUCUUUUGAUAUGUUGUUUUCUUGCAUACAACAAGCAUUAAUUUUACUUUUUAGCUCAUCUGAUUUUUUGAAAAAAAUGAUGAGUUAUUGUCAUCACUUGAGCGGUUGUCGGCGUCGGCGUUGCCUGGUUAAGUUUUAUGUUUAGGUCAGCUUUUCUCCUAAACUAUCAAAGCUAUUGCUUUGAAACUUGGAAUACUUGUUCACCAUCAUAAGCUGACCCUGUAUAGCAAGAAACAUAACUCCAUCUUGCUUUUUGCAAGAUUUAUGGCCCCUUUUGUACUUAGAAAAUAUCAGAUUUCUUGGUUAAGUUUUAUGUUUAGGUCAACUUUUCUCCUAAACUAUCAAAGCUAUUGCUUUGAAACUUGGAAUACUUGUUCACCAUCAUAAGCAGACCCUGUACAUCAAGAAACAUAACUCCAUCUUGCUUUUUGCAAGAUUUAUUGCCCCUUUUGGACUUAGAAAAUCAGUUUUCUUGGUUAAGUUUUAUGUUCAGGUAAGCUUUUAUCCUAAACUAUCAAAGCUAUUGCUUUAAAACUUGCAACACUUGUUCACCAUCAUAAGUUGACCCUGUACAGCAGGAAACAUAACUCCGUCCUGCUUUUUGCAAGAUUUAUGGCCCCUUUUGGACUUAGAAAAUAUCAGAUUUCUUGGUUAAGUUUUAUGUUUAGGUCAACUUUUUCUCUUAAACUAUCGAAGCUUAUUGCUUUGAAACUUGCAACACUUGUUCACCAUCAUAAGCUGACCCUGUACAGCAAGCAACAUAACUCCAUCCUGCUUUUUGCAAUAAUUAUUGCCCCUUUUGAACUUAGAAAAUAAUUUUCUUGGUUGAGUGUUAUGUUUAAGUCAACUUUUCUCAUAAACUAUCAAAGCUAUUGCUUUAAAACUUGCAACAGUUUUUCACCAUCAUAAGUGGACACUGUAAAUCAAGAAACAAAACUCUAUCCUGCUUUUUGCAAGAAUGAUGGCCCUUUUUAGACUUAAAAAAUCAUGGGUAGGACAAUAUUUAUAUUACACAAAAAAAUCAGAUGAGCGUCAGCACCCGCAAGACGGUGCUCUUGUUGAUUCUUACAGUAAUGUCCUUUUUUUUUCAGAAUAAAAUGAGUCAUAAGAUAUAAAAAUAAACUUUCUGACUAUUGGUGAAUAUCCAGUUCUGUGGACCUAACCAAAGUGUUAUUCACCUCAUCAUCAUACAAUAAACUGUUUACUGGAAUAAAGGUAAGAUGAUUGAAAGUUCAAAUCCAAUAUAAGUCAUGCGUUUUUCUUGAUGAUUGACUGAAGAUAAUGUGUCAGGUAAUUUGGCCUUCACAUCUCUCAUCUAUGUGGUAAUGUUGUUAGUUUACUUGUGGAGAACCUGUUAAAUACUGAUCAGAUUGGAGGGACACUGGUCAGGUUACACUACUGCCAUAUGUUACUAAAAGUUGUAAGAACAAGUGCUUUAAAUCAAUAAAACAUACAAAUUAAGGUAAGUUUACUAUCACAACAACGUUCAUCCCAAAAAUAUAAUUUAUUUUAAUAAAAGUAUUUACAUUAAUUAAUUUGUAAGCAUCAAAUGUAUAUAUUGUUGUUGUUUCUCUUGGAUAUACUGGUGGUGUGAACAUGGCUGUUAAAACCUGAAAUUGGCUGGUUAUUUUAUGAAGUGUUUACAAUAUUGCAGUCACAAAAGUCAAACUACCAAAAAUUCAUAGGAUACUAAUAUCAAUAAUUAUUUUCAAAUAUGACAACAAUCAAACUCUGUGUUGGAGCACAAGACAACGUAAAUACAUAACAUGUUACGUCUACCAUUUCAGAAAAGACUAGGACCUAGUGCUUUAAUUGGGAUUUCGUACAGCCACACCAGCGUUAUGGCCUGUUACUUGGUCAAAAAUGUGUCCAUCCGUAAUGGUCAUUGACUUAGUCGAAAACAUGCAUAAAAAGGUAUAAAAGUUUGUGUGGCAUGUAUCUUAAGACGUAUUUGACUUGGGGUCAUAAAACAUUAGAGGAUUAUUACAUAGCAUGAGAAGUUGUGCACCUGGUGUUCUGUUUGGGAUUUCACUCAGCUAGACAGGGUUACGGUCCUUAACUUAGUUAAAAAUAUGCAUUAAGGGCAUAAGAAUUUGUGUCCCAUGUAUCUCAAAAAGUUAUGGACAUAGUGUCAUAAAACAAUACAGGAUCCUUACAUGUCAUGUGAAGUUCUGUUUGCAAUUUCAUGAAGGCAGACCAAAGUCAUUGUUCUUGACAUAAAAUACAGAGAAGGUGCCUAAAUGUUUGUGCUUAAAAAGUAUUACACCUAGUCAUUAAAUCAUGCGCAAUGACAGGAAAUCUGGGGCAUUUGUAUCCUGUGGAUACGUAUCUAAUUUUUUCCUUGUUUUUACACUUCUGUAUACUACAUUUGUAGUAGUAAAAAUUGUAUUUGGUACAUUUUUGAUUAAUUUUACUUUGAAAUACCAGUAUAAUGACUUUGUUCUACAGUUUAAUGUUUUAAACUUUUUGCCAGUGAAUGUCUUUUUAAAUUUUACAUUGUUAAUAUUGCUUGUAACAAAUUUCAAAUGGGUUCAGAAUGUGUUCAUGUUUUCAGAUCUAUUGUAUAAAGUAACAGUGCAUGUCAUGUACAUAAUAAAGCUUUAUGAUUCUAA